GCAUAUUGUUGGUCCUUCAUUCAAACUUGUUACCUGUUUUACUAAGAGCACGUGAAGUUCAGCACCUUCAGCGAGGAAAUGAUUAGUAUUGGGAUUCUUGCUGUUUCAGUUCUUCCUGUCCUCAUCGCUCUGCAGAAUGUUGCCCUCAACAAACCCGCUCGACAGAUUGCGAAUCUGACGUCAUCGACGGUCGCCAGCAACGCUGUGGACGGAGACACGGAUGGUAACUGGGCCCACGGCUCGUGUUCCUCUACCCCUGAUGUUGUUAACACCUGGUGGCAGGUGGACCUCAUGGGAUUUUACAUCGUCUACAGUGUGGAGGUCUUCCGCAGGACUGACUGCUGUGAGGAAAACUUCCAGAACUUUGAGGUGAGGGUGUCCUUACGGAACACCACCACAUUUCCAACGAGCGAGGGUCAGCAAUGCGCCUUUCAGAACACAACGAUUCCUGCCACUGGAGCCCUGCUGACGUGCUCUCGACCAAUCACAGGCCGCUACGUCACCGUAUAUAAGCCAGCCAAUCAUUACCUUACGAUGUGCGAGGUCAAAGUUUAUGGAGAGAGAUCACAUUUUACUGGUUUAUACUCACUGGCUCACCGAAACUCGCGCGCCGUUGUGCCCUCGAUGACUUCAUUGUCGGCCUCGUCUCUUCUCACCUGCGCCACCAGGUGUGCUAAAACAAGUUUCUGUUUCGCCUUCAACUUCAUGAAGACUUCCAGUGGAACACCACUCCACUCGGUCACGUGUGAGUUGCUGAAUAACGGGACAUUUGUAGAUUUUCAAGAGUCCAUUACCAGCCUCGUUCAGAAGGCCAACUGGACUGUCUAUGUUCUAAAGUACCAGUGACCCUCUUUGAACUUUGGCGAUAAAUAGCCACUAUGUCCAAACCAAUAGUCUUUUAGUUUAGAACAUCGCGAUAAAUAUGGAAUAUAGAAGUUCAUUUUACUUUUCUUCAGAGGAUUUUAAAUUUUUUUAAAUGUUUCUUAUCCGAAAGUAAUUAUCUUUUUUUAGUGUGAGAUAAUUUUAUCUAGAAAGAGUUCAGGUGCGAUUUAACUUCUGAUAAAAAUGGAUCCGAUUUUCUGUGAAUGGAGCUUAAACUGAAACAACUCCACAGCAAUCUGAACAAACUUCUUCAAUCAUAAGAUUGGUUUACUGUCUGAUUCUUUAAAAUGUUAGUAUUAGUAGCAAUGUUCAAUCUGCUACUCUGUACAAUUAAUUCGACUGCAGUUGUACUAAUAUUUCACUUAUCAUGGCGCAUCUCUUAUUAUGUGAUUUUGUAAAUUUGGUGGACUGUAUGAAAAAAUUUCCCCAGUUUUGUAUGUUGAAAUGCAUAUUUCCCACAAAUUUUGUCCAUUAUGUUUAUC